AUCUCAUGGUCUUCUGCUUCUCUCUCUCUCUCUCUCUCUCUCUCUCUCUUGCGUUUGUGUGGUAAACUGAACUGUCACGCCAAAAGAGCUCCCCAUUACUCUCUCACAUCGUCUCUCACGCAGCUGGUUUGUACGUGUGCGGGUGAGUGAGCGAAUGAUUUUACUUGAUGGAUGAAGAACUCGCCGGAGAUCUGAGUUUUUGCCGGAAAUGCAGAUUCCGGCUAUCGGUGAUGGAUUUGUAGGGUGUAGGAGGCGUGAUGUUGUGUUGAUUGGCUCUGUUUUUGCUUUUGUUUUUUUUUUUUUGGUUUUGAAGUGGUGGUGAUGAGGUUUUGGUUAAUCUGAAAUCAACAGGAAAAGCAAUUCUGUUUGUAAUUUUAUGUGGCAGAUUUGCGAAGUUAUUCCAUGCUUUGUCGUGCAGUUAGGAUUGAGUGAUGGAUUGGUAGUCUGUAGGCAUAUUUGCGGCUGAUUGUUGCUGAGUUUUGAGUUUUUGGAGAUCGAGCAGGAUGUUUGAGGAUCGUUGUUCUUCUUCCUUUGUUGAGGAGCUGUCAUCGGCGAUCUAGAUAACACCAUAUAUAACGCUAGAGAUUUCGAGAGUAAUUUGAUAUCGCCGUAGAAUUUGAAGUUAAACUGAUACUGCUCUGUUUGCGCGGCGGAAAAAUGGAGGUUGAAUACUGAAAGCUCAACGAAAACUUUUCUGUUCGAGCUUCAACAACUGCGUGCAGCUGAAAUUAAUGCCUUACGCGAUGAAAAUUCAACCGAUUGAUUUCAACCACGCAUCGGAGUUGCAGCCAAAAUCAGAUGCGGCGGCGAAGCCAAUUUCCAAGUCGCGAUUGAAGCGGCUCUUCGAGAGGCCGUUCUCCAAUGUUUUGAAAUCGUCGUCGCCGGAGAAACAAGCCGGCGCUACCGAGCCAAUAAAUGACUGCGACAAGGAAGGUCUCGAGGAGUUUGAGCCGAGCUCGGUUUGUUUAGCAAAGAUGGUUCAGAACUUCAUGGAAGGUGGAGGCAACGAGAGGCAGCAGAGAUGCGGAAGGAAGCGAUGCAACUGCUUCAAUGGAAACUGCUCUGACAGCUCCGACGAUGAACGCGAUUCGUAUAAAUCUUCUCUCAGCCACGCGUGUGACGUUCUCAAGAGCUUGGUACCUUGUUUGCUCGUCUCUGAAAGGAACCUGCUCGCCGACACUGCCAAAAUCAUCGAUAGAAACAAGAUCGGUGCGCGCAAGGACAGAUUCUGCCGAAAAAUAGUUGCAGACGGUCUUAUCUCCCUCGGUUACAACGCUUCUAUCUGCAAGUCAAAAUGGGAAAAAUCCUCCUCCAUUCCCGCCGGGGAAUACGAGUACAUCGACGUGAUAAUCGAAGCAGAAAGGCUUAUAAUCGACAUAGAUUUCAGAUCCGAGUUCGAGAUCGCGCGUUCAACCAAGGCGUACAAGAACAGCAUCCUCCAAACACUCCCUCACAUCUUCGUCGGCAAAUCCGAUCGUCUCGACAGCAUCAUUUCCAUCGUAUCAGAGGCCACCAGACUCACCUUGAAGAAGAAAGGUAUGCCUCUUCCGCCAUGGCGGAAAUCCGACUACGUCAAAUCGAAAUGGCUCUCCCCUUCCUCUCGCAUCUCCUCCAUUGAAAACAACCUGAAUUCUGAUAAACAAGCAGCAGCCAUAACCAACACAAGUGUGAAGCUAAUUUCCGGAGAGAAAUUCAACAAGAACAACAGCAGCAGUUCUCCGAAAUGGACGCCACCGGAGAUCAAGCCAAAGAAUUCACCCAAAGGUAAGAUCGUUACUGGUCUAGCGUCCGUAAUUGACAAUAAACCUUAGAAUUUUUGGUACCUUUAUUUAAACCUUUUAUUACAGCCUUAAUUCGUCUGGUCCGUUUUUUUCUCAUGGGUUUACUAAUUCAAUAAAAUACCAAAAUUUCAGA